AUGUUUCGAUCAAUCCUGCUGGAAGAUUGGGAAACCCGCUCGCCUGGAGAUGUUUUCGUUUGUCUAGAUUUUUGGACGUCUGGAAUAAAACGGUCAGGAAUUCAAGCAGAAAUACCGGUCUUAAGUGUGUUUCAUUGCUCGGUAUUGUUGUGGUUGUUGACACGGGAUUUUUGUGUUACAUUGGUGGCGGCGGCGGGACAACAAGAGCGAAGGAAAUCAGCUCGUCCUUCGACAGAGAUACCGUUGACAGAGAAACCAUCGACAGAGAUAACAUCCAUUCCCGAUGUGACUGAAAGUGAUCAACUUAACCAGAAGCUAACCGUCUACAAGAAAGCAUUGAUAGGUGUAUCCGUUGGAGCUGGCAUUCUUCUGAUUGUUCUCAUCUUCUAUGUGAUGUAUCUGAAUGAUGAGAAGACCAACAUGGAGAGUUCUCAACCAAAGAAAGGUGUGUAUAACUCUAAGAAAGACAAUGACUAUGAGAUGGCUGCUGACCCAGGCAUCGAUGGAAACGCAAACGAAGGCUUCGAAGCUAUCUAAAGUCAAAUACUGACUACG